AUGGUGAAACCAGUUACAUGGAAAACGCGCAGUUUUUUUUGUUUCGUUUUCGUUGAAUUUUUCAUUAAUUGUGCUGCGAGCUCCAGGCACUGCAAUCAUGUGCAUCCAAAACAACAAGAGGUUUUGCACACAAAAGUAGAUCCGGAGCAUGUUCUAAGAAAAAGAAGCGCCGAUCAAUCGCUGAGAAUAUUGCUGUACUACGACCAAAGUGUAUACAGAUUGGAUCAAAAAAGAUUCGAGUUAAUAAAUAAUACAAUUUUACCUGAAGCAGUCAAUUUCUGGGAAAAAGCUUUGUUUGUCAGAAGGACGGAAAAUGUAAUUCGAUUAACAAGAAAAUGCGCGGACUCCCGGGUUUUCGUAAAGGACGGCUGGACUCACUGCAUCGACACGUGCAAAGAGAAAACCAUGUGCGGCGAGGUAGAAGUUCCCGAAGACCAUCUCGACGCCUGCCGCAUUUGCAAUUCCACCGGCCAGAAUUGCCGCAUAGCGAAGAACUUCAAACAAGGAAAAGGCAUACCGGACUUCGACUUCGUGUUUUACGUAUCCGCCAUGCAAACCGAGCGGUGCAACAAGUCCCUAACAGUCGCGUACGCGUCCCAUUGUCAGCAAGAGUCCGCCUUGGAUAGGCCCAUAGCCGGUCAUGCGAAUUUAUGCCCCAACAGCAUCAGCACGAAACGACAGGAGCUCGAAAUACACCUCGCUACGGUUAAGCACGAAAUCCUCCACGCCCUCGGCUUCUCGAUGAGCUUGUACGCUUUCUAUCGGGACGCCGAUGGGAAUCCUCUGACCGAGAGGAGCCCCGAGACGGGAAAACCACCUUUGAACGAAACUUUGCAAACUUACCAAUGGAGCGAUAAGGUGAUAAAAACCUUCGUAAGGCCGAAUUGGCUGGUUAAAUCGGGUUACCUUCCGAGGGAGGUUCAAAUGGUGGUUACGAAAAAUGUUGCUAGAGAAGCCAGGAGUUAUUUUAAUUGUUCUGAGUUAGAAGGGGCUGAAUUGGAAGAUCAAGGAGAGGACGGUACGGCGUUAACGCAUUGGGAGAAAAGGGUUUUUGAGAAUGAAGCGAUGACUGGCACGCACACUCAAAAUCCUAUAAUAUCGCGCAUAACAUUGGCUUUACUGGAAGAUACGGGGUGGUACAUUGCCAAUUACUCCAUGGCAGAAGACAUGUCGUGGGGCAAAAAUUUAGGCUGUGAUUUCGUUUUGAAGAGUUGCAAAGAAUGGAUUACAAACAAGGCUGCUCGAGGUAGUUCUAUUCAUCCGUUUUGCAAUAAAGUUAAAAGGGAUCCACUGCAAACCGAGUGCACCGACGAUCGUACCUCAGUGGCUCUUUGUAACUUAGUCGAACACAAACAACCCCUUCCUCUGAUAUACCAGAAUUUUGAUUCAAUAGAUUACGUAGAACCCGGUUUGGAAGGUUAUUAUGGAGGAUCCGUGUCCUUAGCAGAUUAUUGCCCUUAUAUCCAAGAAUUCACGUGGCGGUCGAAAAAUGUGGUUGUACGUGGUUCCCAUUGCCAAUAUGUAGAAAACAAUCCCAAGCCAGACAAGAACUUCGCUUUGGAGAAAUACGGUGAAAAAUCUCGUUGUUUCGAACACACUAAUCAGAUGUGGGAGGAAAAGUCUUGCAGGCAAAUGAGGCAGUGGCAGCACUGGGGCUCGGGUUGUUACGCUUAUAGAUGCGAAAACGGCCGAUUACAUAUUCUAGUUGGAAAUUAUUCGUAUGAAUGUUACCAUGCCAAUCAAGAGAUUUUCAUAAGAAUCAUUAGCAAUGGGUGGCUUCAUAAGGGUGCCAUAAAGUGUCCUCCAUGUAAAGAAAUAUGUGCCAAAGAAUUUGCUUCAAGAGGCGAACACUGCAAAAUUGGCGACGAGUCUCCGCCAUCUACAUCCUAUCCUCGGGACGAUUUGCAGUGUAACUCCAACGUUAUUUCCCAAUGGAAUAUGAUUGUUCUUAACGCCAUCGUGGCGGCGUUAACAAUCGGUGUAUGA